AUGGCUCCUCUCCCUGCGGCCCCGCCGCCUGCGGGGCUGUGGGCAGCGGCAGCGUGCGGCCCGGCGCUGCUCCGCAGGAGCCCGGCCGCCUCUGCCCGGCCUCCGCCGCUCUUCUGCCUGCUGCUCUUCCACUCCGCUCCCCGUGGCAGGCGCGGAGGAGGCGGCGGCGCUCCCCUAGGGGGGCGUGCUUCCAUUAGGAAAUGCCAAAGACUUCCCCUUCAGACACGGUGCCUUUCGGUUCAGUGGGCUUGGGUAGUUUUUUGUCCGGCUGGUCAUGAACUGACAGAGAUAAGAGAGCGAUCUUUGAAGACUAUUCUAUUUAAACUGGACCACAACUUGAUUUCCUAUGCCGAUUUGGUCCACGAAAAAGCACUUUUUCGUAACCUUUUGGAGUGGUUCAAUUUCCCAGUCGUACCAAUAAAAGAGGAAGUAUUAAAUUUUGUGAACAGUUUGAUCAAGCAUCCACCUGCUGCUCAGAAAAUGAUUGGAAUUGGUGCAGUGGAAUUCUUCUCUCAGCUUCGCUCUGACGUGGAUCCAAACUUGCAGGCCAUAAUUGAUGGGAUUGUGGAUGGACUGUUCUUUCUUCCUUCUGAACUCCCUUCUAGUUCUUCAGUAUGUUAUCAAGCUCAGUCUCAGCCUUCAGUAGAUCAAUCAGUUCUGCCUCAGGAGGAAUUAUUCACUGGAUAUUUUUGUCAAAGCAGAAGUCAUCUGCCGCAGUUAGAAAUAUCUCCCAAAAGAACAGUUGUGAAAUGCCUGAAAUUUUCCACAUUUCCUUGGCUAACUCUGACUUCAACAGAUAGACAUGUUCUUUCAUCAAAUGAGAGCUCUUUGGGAAGUAACAACCAAAGUUUAAUUUGGAGUACCUGUGAGCUUCUUCAGGAUGUGAUUAUGCAAGAUUUUCCUGCAGAGAUCUUCCUUCAAAGACCAAAGAUUGUACAGAGCCUUUUGUCUCUUCUAAACCUGGCUUUUGGAGGAGAUGGAAGACACCAGUUGGCUUUGCAGGCUGUGUCGUGCUUGCAACAGCUUUGUAUCUUCUUGAGAAGUAGACUUAACUUCCACAGAGAUCCAAGUUUUUCUUCCUCAGAGCAUGGCACAGCUUCCCAGAAUUCAUCUAUAUCUUACUGUCAAGAAGCAAGAGGUGCUCCUCGUUCUCAGAAUCCAUCACCCGGAGGUAGUAGUCCUCGGCCCUCUGUAAUUGGACGGACAGUUCAACGUCCUAGAGGAGAUGGUCAAGAUUGGGAUGCAGUAUCUUCUAGUGGAAACAGUACUCAAGCAAAUGCACACUCCAGAAUCUCUCUGCAUUCCCCAUUUGACGCAGGACAUAUUGACCUACCAGAUACUGAAAAUGAGGACACUUUGGAAUUACAGAUGAAGCAGCUUAGCCUUCCUCAAUUCUGUGUUUCCAUCUUGGAAAAUGCAAUACCUCUACUAAGAACAGGCAGUAGGAGAAUAACAAUGGAAGUUCUUAAGUUGCUUGUUGAAGACAUGUCCCUUAUUGGUGAUGCUAUUUCUGAAAAUGUUUGGGAAGAUGACAGUCUUUUUGCAUUGGAAUUGAAAGACAAAUUGCUUCUAGUCUUGGGUUUGCUUGGAGAAACUAUAUUAUAUCACAAAAGCAAUAUAAGUGCAGAACAGCCCAAGGUGAUGCUGGUGCAUCACAGAAUGGCAUUUAUUAGCAUUUCACUCUUCACUGUUAGAUUGCUCCAAAUACUUCUCCCUGUGGAAAAGGCAAGUAAAGUUACACCAAAGAGUUUGCUGAAUGCUUUGUUCCUUCUCUCGCUGGAUAUGUCCUUCUCCUUGGAAUACCCAAACAUGCAUGAAUCUGUUGCAGCCUAUCUGGAGCAGAUGAGUACUGAGAACUACAGUAUUUAUAAGCAAGUUUCAGAAGCUGCGUAUUCGAUUGAAUGCACUUGUAGCUUUAUGGCUGAAGUUCAUAAGGAGGGGGACAAGAAUCUUUCUGAAUUACUAGAAUUGGCAGAUCAGGCUUUGAGUAGUCUACCCUUCCACCUACACUUUCCCUUGCUUCAAGAAUGCAUUUACAUAUGUUCAAAUAUUUGGAAGUCUGCUGAGGCCAACUCAUUGCUUCAGGCGGAGGGUCAGAAGCUGCUUCUCCGUCUAUUGUCUCAUCCUUUGUUGAAUAUAAAAGCUGAAGCCUAUCGCUGCUGUUUGGGAGUGGUUAAGGACUGUUUAGGUAUUCAUAAUACUGUGAAGCCCGCGCCUUCAAUCUGCCAGGGAAUACAUUUUCUUCUACACCCCAAAGUGUUAUAUGAAAUCUGUACAUUUGGCCUUCAGGAAGAUAAGAAUGAGGUGUACUCUACAGCCAAGGCCAUCCUGAUACAUCUGUUGCAAGGACGGUUAAUGAUGGAAGUAUUUACUUGGAGCAAGUUUAUUGAGGCACUCUGUCCUGUCAUUCCUGUUUUACAGGGUUAUGCUGACACAAAAGAUACUUUAGGUAAAUGCAUUCUCUCUUUGAGUGAAACAACCUCUGACAAAGGAGAGGGCAUUCUCCUGAGAACUCCCAGACUACAGGCUGCUCUGCGCCUUCUCUUCUCAAAAAAGCAGCUGGUUCGUUCUGUAGCAGCUAAACAUUUAGCAUUCCAUCUUCUGAAUGAAGAAGGGGCAAACUUGAAACGUCCAUGUCUGGAUGGCAAUGUCCUUUCCAGCAUUUCAAACUUACUUAUUAUAGAAGGAGCGAUGGAGCUAAAACUGGAUGAUAAAAUGAACUCAAUAAUUAAGGAAGAAACAGUUGAAAAGCUGUACGAUAUCUUGACUUCUGAUGCUGUUGACCUAGUUUUACGGAAGUCUGCAGCUGAGCAGCUGGUUGUCAUUUUAGAAGAUACCAAAAUGCAUGGCAUUGUGAAAAAGUUGGGUGUGACAGAAAAGAUACUGGCUUACCUUAAUGAGUGUGUACACGUGGAUGGCAAGCUUAUGGAGUCCAUAGUGGUACCAUGUCUGACACUCCUACGCAAAAUUGUGUGUGCUGACCCAACUGUUCGCCUGUCACUAGCACAGCAACCUUCUUUACUGCUUUUGCUAUUCAGAGUUUCCUUGAUACUCCAAAGUGAUCGUGCUGUUUUAACUGAAACUACAGUAUUGCUUUGUCUUCUGUUGUUUGAUGAAGUAGCAAGAACAGAAACAUGGGCUGAUUGCAUAGCCAGUAAUAGUACUGAGGUACCUGCCUUCAGCUUACCUGUUGCUGUUGUUAGAAGGUAUCAUCUCCCAGUCAGGAUCACUGCUCAUCAUGUAGUUAGCCCUAAUACUGUUGUGGUGCCAUUGUCUUCUGAGUGCUUGGCUAUGAAACCUGUGUCAGAUAUGCUUAAAACAGCUUGGAAUCUGUCAUGGUACCAUGGGAUUGAAAACCUACUGCAGCUGAUAGAUUAUGAGAAGGAAGCAGAAACAUUUUUGGACUCUCUAAAACUUUCCUCAGAAGACAUUCUUAUAUUGAAAAUAACUCACACAAACUAUGGACUGCAGGACUGUCUUAAUUUGAUUGUUCAGGCAGCAUCCCACAGGGAUGUUAGAACUGCUCUCAUUAGGCUUAGCUUCUAUGUCCUGAAUGACAGACUUGCAUUAAAAUGCGGUUCUGGACCUUGUGGAACCACUUUGAAAAGCUUUGUUUGGCAGAAAGCAAUGAACAGGUUUUUACAAGUGCUUCCAGCUUCUGUGGAGGAUGAAAAGCUUUUGGUAGAUGUCCUAAGAUUUUUAAACAAAUUGCUUAGAGAGCAGAAAUCAAAUCUGGAGUCUGACCAUCUAAAGUGGAUCUUGAAAUCACUGCUUAAAAAUCAGCCAAAAUCCCUUAUGGGUCUUGUGGUGCGACCAGAAUGCCAAGUGCAGGAUGAAAUGGAUGAAACACAGGCUGCUGUCAGGCAACGACUGGAUAAAGAACUCAUUCAUCUUUUCAACAUGUUGUUAGUUUGUUCCAUGUCAGUGACUGACAGAGAGGGCUUGGAACUUGCUGGCUCAUUCAGAACAGAGCUGGCUCUGAAGCUGCUUCAGUGCUUAAGGCUGACAGAUGCACCACAUUUUUAUGGACUUCCUUCACUGGAGAGAACAUUACAAGGAAUGGUUCAUGUUACUGCACUUCCAGGCUGGAGUACCUAUUCUGCUGCAGUUGAACCUGUCACAAUUUGUAAGAAAUAUUUAACAGGUCUUCUUGAGGUCAUCUCAUCGUUUUAUGUUGAAUGGGGGGGAAAUGCCAUGUCCUUCAUGGGAAAAGGUGUUACAAAAAGCACAGUCCUUUGCUUGCUUCACUUGUCUCACGAAAUGAUGGCUCAAGCCAAGGAUAUGGACUGGAUAUCUCUUUGGUCUUUGCCGUAUGAUAAUAGUGAAGAACAAGUUCUGUCUCAUCUAGGUCUGGCAUGGCUGGUUCCUUUAUGGGUAGAUAGAGAUCCUGAGGUCAGAUUUACAGCACUUGGAAUAGGAUCAGCUCUUACAUCUCUUGAAAUAGGAUGUAUUACUUUAGCAGAAAGCUGCCAGAAUAUUUCAGGAGGCCUGUGGGGAACAGUGAUAAACAUCCUUCUGGAUCAAUCUGAAUGUAGCAUGGUACGCAGGGAGGCUGCUUUUAUUCUACAAAAUCUACUUGUGAUUCCAAUCCCUACAGAAGACACAAAGGAUUGCAUUUGGCAAGGUCCUUGUGUACAUGAUGAGGAGUCUGGCCUCUCCCAGACAGGAAUACCUGCGCUUAAAGCCCUUUUGUAUCACUGUCAGUUCUAUGAACAUGUCAAUCAGAUGGUGAAACACUGUUACCUAGGAUGUUACAUGUUUGAUUUGAAUUCUUACAAGGAAGACAAGAUGAACAUAGAAAGAGAUGGUGUAACUGAUUUUGAUGAUUCUCUCAAUCUUUGGAAGGCUCCACCUAGUCAGAGCAAAUCUUCACAUUCUCACUCAACAUCUGAAACUAUGAUUCUAUCUGCAUCACCAUCACUGGGGAGUGUUACUGAGCUUCAGGCAACAGUUCCAAGUUCAGCCAGUUUUAUUCCGGAAACUGUGGCUGAUCGGCUUACGGCACAAGGUCAAAGUGAUACAACCAUUACAGAAUCUCCAAGUCAGCAUGAUUCUCCCAUGUCUGCUGCUAUGUCUAAACAGCGUGCUGUAGUCACACCUGCCCUUUUGUCAGCUGUUUGCAGCCUUCUGCAGAAUCUGCUGGUUGUCAUGCCAAAAGAUACUGGAAUUGCUCUUCAACAAACACAUUUGCUAACAACUCUCAGCAGUCUUAUAAGGGCUAAUCUGGUUGAAAGAUGCAUCUUGGAACUGAAAGCUCCACUGGGUCAUCGGUGUCAUACAGAACAUAUAAAAGCUCAGGUCUUGUUACUACUUCAGUACUUGUCAUCUGUGUCCAGGCUUCUAAAAUCAUGUUUAUUGGUCGACUCUGAUCUUGUAAGUCAGGAUGAAUUGUUGAAACCUCUUUUGGGAAGUACCUUCAGGAUUCUCACCAUACGUCCCAAAGAUGGCUUAGAUACCGAAUUAACAUCUGCACUUCAUGAAACAUGGGUAGAGUCUUUCAGCCUUCUAGCUACAUUACUGUGGAAAAGUGGCCAGAUAUCUUUUCCAUCUGUGACAGCAGCCCUUGCAAAUCACUGUACAGCAAUAAUUGAUACUAUUUCCGAUUGUAUUCAUCUGUCUACCACAUAUCCUGCUUUAUAUAUGGCUAGUUUGCAGUUCCUUUCUGUCUUUUUGAAUGAGGAAGGAAGAAAACAGCUCCAGGAUAAACAGAAUGUAUGUCAGAAUCCAACUAUUAGCUUUCUUCUGGAUCACACUGAAGAAUGCCAGGCACCAGUAACUCAACUUACUGCAUUAAUUAUUCAGGUCUUUGAAAGAAAAUCUUCAAAGGAUGUGCUGAAAGAAGUUACUACAAAUGCACUGCUGUCUCUGUUAGCUGUCAGUAAAAAUGCCCAGAAAUGUGCUUUGGAAGCUGACCUGAUAGACAGCUGUAUAGAAAACAUGAAGCACAUUCAGAUGAGACAAAGUAAAUGGCAGCUUGAGGAUAACCUUAUCAAGGAGUUAAGGUGUUCUAUGCAACUCCUUAGAAACUGCCUCUUUCAAAAUGAAGACUGCAAAAUGGCAGCACUCAAAGCUCAUCUUGUUCCUGUUGUGCAUUCUCUGUGGCCAUGGUUUUUGGCAGAUGAUUCCUCAAUGCAAAUAGCUCUGCAUUUGCUCUGUGUCUACACUGCAAACUAUCCUGCAGGUUGUGCUUCACUUUGUUGGGUCAGUGGUGGACAGUCAUCACUUCCAUCUGCACGAAGUGCAGCUGGCAAUUCAUUAAUGCAUUACAUCUUGAAGUUGGCUUCCCAUGUGUCAAAUGAUAACAGCCCAGUUCAGCAGGUGGUCUUUUGUCUAAUAUCUAACCUUGCUCUGUCUCAUGACUGUAAAGGCAUUAUUCAGAAGAGUAACUUCCUGCAGAACUUUUUAUCUCUUUCAUUGCCAAAAGGAAAUAAUAAAAAUUCUGGUAAUGUGUCUACUCUCUGGCUAAAGCUGCUGCUCAACAUAUCUUUUGGAGAAGAUGGACAACAGAUGGUCAUGAAGAUAAAUGGGUUUUUAGACCAGAUCAUUGAAAUGUGUAAAUACAAGCACAAGACCAGCCAACAUCUAGCACUUCUUAUUCUACAUAACAUGUGUUUUAGUCCAGCUAAUAAACCAAAGAUAUUAGGUAAUGAUGAAGCAAUUGCAGUACUGUCUGCCUGUUUGGAAAGUAACAGUCCUGCUGUUCAGAGAAUAGGAGCAGCUUCGCUUUGGGCUUUGCUUCACAACUAUCAGAAGGCAAAAGUGACUUUGAAGAAUCCAUCCAUAAGGAGAAGAAUAGAUGAGGCUUAUUCUUUAGUGAAGAAAAGUUCUCCCCAGCCAGAAGAAAAUGAACUACAUGCCUACCAUGUAAAAUGCUUAGAGAAUACAGUGCAGCUUCUUGAUUGUUAAUGGCCAUCAGUCGACUUCUCAUGUUGAAAUUGAACAGCUUGUUCAAUGAGAGCUUGAAAUUUGAAGAAAGCACUUCUGAUUCACACUUCUGUGGCUGCAACAUAUCUGCUGUGGAAGAAACUUAUGAAAUCUUUGAGGAAGGAGUUCAUCACUUUGAACCAAAGAAAUUGCACUAUAUCUGGUUCAAACUAUUAGUACUGUAAUCCCAAUGGGAAAUUAUAAUUAUGCUACUAUGUAAACUAUGUAUGCAGAAGAAGGAAUGUACAGGGGAAAAUAUUUGAAAAAUGAGUAAUUUUCUUAAAUUAUGCAUUGAAGUUGUUACUGUAAAGUAUUGGAAUUUCUGGUUUGGAUUGUUCUUAAUAAAGGGUUUUUUUAACUGA